AUGGCCGAUCUCACAACUAGCCUGGCUACCAGGUCACUCCCGAAAAUCGAGACGAUCCAGAAUGGACCACUGUCAGGCCUCCAGGCAUAUGGGUCGCUCCUCCUCGUCUCAAGCGUCAUCGUCGUUGUACUCAUCGCCAACAUCCUCGAACGAUGGCUACUGGAAAGAGUAUACGGCGAGAUCUAUGCAGUCUUACAGCGCCCUGAGAACGAAAAGAGACGGCGCUCCUUCACGUACUACCAUAUCGGUGCCAUCAUCAUGCUCACACUCUUCUGCAUCGGAGUUUACCCUGUGUUCCGUUUCCUCAUCGGCUCUGCCGAUUUGACAACGGACGUGUCGCCAGGACCAGGAAGGCGUAUCAGAGUAGGCGACCUGUUGUUUACGGUGGCGCAAACGUAUAGCGCCUACUACGUCUUCGAGCUCUGUUAUCGCACACAAUUCGCGAGUCCUCUCAGUAUCGCCCAUCAUAUUGGACUCUUGGCCAUCACGCAGACCGCCCUCUCCCUAUUUGGGAACAUCGAGCACCACCCGGAAGCAACAAUCGAGUUCUACAUGUGCAUGGUGUGGGGCGCUUUCGAUGUCGUAGUAGAACUGCCCAUCUACCUUUCUAUGAUCAUCUGGCGAAUCAAGCGCCGUGAUCAUCGACUACUCUCCUACCUCACCUCCGCCUGCUUCGUAUGGGUUAUUGUUGGUGCGAUCUCGGAGACCGCAGUCACGAUAUACCUCUUGCACAAGUCUUGGGAUCGAUGGGGUCAUGUGUGGAGGGUGGUCACUCCCGUCAUCUUCACGCUAUGGAUCACGACCCAGCUUUACGGCGCAACGAGACUCUUUGCAAUGGCUCGGUCAGAGAGGUGGAAAGCCAGCAAGCGAUCACCGGAAGAAGAGUCUGUGGAGCCCAUUGCCGAACUACCAAGAACAGUGGAAGACGGAGAAAUUCCCGGACAAGAAGAAUCCAAGAACAAAGCAGUAUAA